CAUGGCACGUCUGGCCGACCUGUGCGCACAGUAGAUCCGCCUGGAGGACUCCAAACCCCCCGCAAACUGAAGGAAUGUGCCGCUGCGCUGACACGGUCCGGUGAAGUAACACCAGGAGGAGACUGGAGACGCUUGGCGACGCCGCUGCGAAGUUUACGCACAGAAUUUGACGGUUUUUACGCGAGUGAAUGACGCCGACGCGGAGCAGGUUUUCCUAGGCAGGGAUUUUGGAAGAAGCGCCGAGGGUAAAAUCAUCCGAAGAGAGAGAGACUCUGUCCUUGGAAACAUUUUUCUCUCUGUCCGCCGUGGAUGUGAGUCCCGCAGCGCAUCCGUGAAAAACCCAGAAGACAUCAGCCGCGCUCGGGAGGAGAAACAGGAUAACAGGGAGAUCCACUUUAAAUGAGGAGAAACAUGUGAAGACCCUUGCAAAGUUUGGACCUGAAAAUUUGCUUUCAACAACAAAAAGGCAAAGGUCUCCUCCCUUCUGCCCCUCAUCCAUUCUCUCUGCUUCCUCUGCACGUCCCUUGCAGGCCCGUUAAACAUGGAGGGCCGGCGGGCUACACGCAGGACUUUAUCACCUGAGGGUGUAGCUACUUUGCUAGUCCUCUGGCUCUUAGCAUUCCCUGUCUUUUGCAGUGGACAGACAUUUACUAGUUUCCACCCUGAACGCCGGGACUGGGUCUUCAACCAUUUGACGGUUCACCAAAACACAGGAGCGUUGUACAUUGGAGCGGUCAACCGUGUGUACAAGCUCUCAGGCAACCUGACCCUCCUGGUGUCCCAUGAUACAGGCCCAGAGGACGACAACAAGGCCUGCUACCCUCCCCUGAUUGUUCAGCCAUGUUCUGAGCCCCUUGUCGCGACCAACAAUGUCAACAAGCUCCUCCUCAUUGAUUAUUCUCAAAAUCGGUUGCUGGCCUGUGGCAGCCUCUACCAGGGCGUCUGUAAGCUCCUCAGGUUAGAUGACCUCUUUAUCUUAGUGGAGCCCUCUCAUAAGAAAGAGCACUACCUCUCCAGUGUCAACCAGACUGGGACCAUGUACGGGGUCAUCGUGCCUUCACAAGGCCAGGAUGGGACCCUGUUUAUUGGCACAGCAGUAGAUGGAAAACAGGACUACUUUCCCACCAUCUCCAGUAGGAAGCUGCCCCGUGACCCAGAAUCCUCAGCUAUGCUUGACUAUGAAUUGCACACCGACUUUGUGUCUUCCCUCAUCAAGAUACCAUCAGACACACUGGCACUGGUCUCCCACUUUGAUAUUUACUAUGUUUACGGCUUUGCCAGCGGCAGCUUUGUUUACUUCCUGACUGUCCAGCCUGAGACCCCAGAGAACAGCAUGUCAUCGAGUGGCUCCUCCAACGACCUCUUCUACACCUCUCGCAUUGUCCGCCUCUGCAAAGAUGACCGCAAGUUUCACUCCUACGUCUCCCUCCCCAUUGGCUGCGUGAAAAACGGUGUUGAGUACAGGCUCCUGCAGGCCGCCUACCUCGGCAAACCGGGGCGUGUCCUCGCCGCCUCGCUCGGCAUCAACGCCCAGGAUGAUGUGCUCUUCACCAUCUUCUCCAAGGGCCAGAAGCAAUUCCAUCACCCGCCAGAUGACUCAGCACUGUGUGCCUUCACCAUCCGAGACAUAAACGCACGGAUCAAGGAGCGCCUGCAGUCCUGCUACCAGGGAGAAGGAAACCUGGAGCUCAACUGGUUGCUUGGGAAGGAUGUGCAGUGCACCAAAGCGCCGGUGCCCAUUGACGACUCUUUCUGUGGCCUGGACAUCAACCAACCACUCGGAGGUUCCCAGCUGGUCACCGGUCACACUCUCUACACUGAGACCCGCGACCGCAUGACUUCUGUCACCUCCUACGUCUACAAUGGCUACUGUGUGGCCUUUGUGGGCACCAAGAGUGGCAGGCUAAAGAAG